GACGUUUCAGCUGUUAUGCGCAGGCGCAUGUCAAUCGCGAGCGCCGGAGCUGACAGAGAAAAGCAGAUACUGUGACACAGCCUUGCCCCAUCACAUUCAAGAUUGUUUGUGCUCCUUGUUAAACAAGUUGAAGAGUAGGGGGUCUCUACAUCACGAGCUCCCCAUGGUUCAGCUAUGGACGCGUCGACGGCCAGCACGGACUCCAACACGGGACACGACCCUGGCAAAACACUUGUUGUUAGUAGCGGUGCAACUUUUCUCCCUAAUCACCAGGGGAAAAUAGGCUCAUACUCCGCACAGACUUUCAAUGGGAGCCAAACUAUGAACUCUCACAAUUCAGGAAGCGCUGCCACUCUCGGGGGGACGAUAGUGACAAGUGGCACUGGUAACAGCAGCAGCGCUGCGAUAUCUGUCACAGCUGUCAACAGUGGACCAGUGUUGUCAAAAGGGCUGGCCGGUGUCACAAUGCCCCCCUCUUCAAACAGUGUAAUUCAGACCCCGCUCAUGAACUCUCAGAGUGUUGUGGCUUCAGCUCAGCCUGUGAGCCAAGCAACGGGACCCACUGUGACACUCGUCAGGGCGCCUAUGCAAACCGCUGGGUCGGGUGCAAUUUUGAAUGGGAACAAUAGUGCGAUCUCCGCUGUGGCGGCCAGUACAUCAAGCCAGACAGGUAUCGGCAUACAAACUCCGCUUGUAAACAACGGCCAGCCGUCCAAUUCUCUGUCCAUGAGCGCAGGAACGCACAUUAUCAAGGCGGAGCCACCCACAACAAUAACAGACUCAGCACCGCAACCCACAGUCACUCCCGGCGCCGUCAGUGUUCCCCGGACUUCUGCGACGGUGGCUGCCAGUGCCGGCGGGAUCCGGGCUCUGACACCUCAGAUGCUGGCCCCAAGGCUACCCCAGGCUGCUUCGGGGCAGCCCAGUAUCCAUAACAUCCAGCUCCCACCGGGAAUGGUGCUUGUACGCAGUGAGAGUGGACAGCUGCUGAUGAUUGCUCAGCAGGCUCUGGCCCAGAUGCAAGCCCAGGCGCAGGGAGACAUGGCACCUCGGGCCACUACACCAACUAAUGUGCCUCCAGGCCAGGCUCCUGGAAACACUGUCAUCAGCAGACAAGUGACUCCCAGCACCAUCAUCCGACCAGGCUGUCCAGCUCCAACGCCACUCACUGCGACCACCACGCUUCACAGACCUCCUAUCCUUCAGAGCUCAGUUGGGGCCACAGUACCGGGAAUGACCUCUAGGACAGUGAGCCAAACAGCUGGGACCACAGUUACCUCGGUAGCAGUCAGCAAAGAAACAAUUGAGAAUGUGAAAAAAUGUAAGAACUUCUUGUCUACACUGAUCAAGCUGGCAUCCACUGGGAAGCAAUCCACUGAAACUGCAGCCAGUGUUAGGGAGCUGGUCAAAGACCUGCUGGAGGGCAAACUGGAAGCUGAAGAAUUCACCAGCAGAUUGUACAAAGAACUCAACUCCUCACCCCAACCUUAUCUUGUGCCUUUCCUCAAGAGAAGCCUCCCAGCUUUGAGGCAGCUCACCCCAGACUCAGCAGCUUUCAUCCAGCAGAGUCAGCUCGCCCAGCCAGCCUCAGGUUCAGUUUCUUCCACCUCACCCACCCCCCCUACAGUGGUCCUGCGUAGCCCAGCUCCUCGCCUUCCUGCUCAAGUUAGUAGGCCCCAGCUCCAGCCAGGCAUUAACAAACCAGGACAAAUGACCUCACUGGUCCUCCAGCCUCAGCAGCAAAGAGCAAUUCUGAGACCUCAGGUAACCUUACCGGCAACCCCCAUAACUCUCAGGAAUCAGGCCCCUGGUCGCAUCAUGCUGGGACAGCAGCAGGUCCAGCUUAAGGAGCUGCAGCCAGUUCCCCUGAGGCCAGAGGGGCCACCUGGUUCCAAACAAAUCUGUGUUGCAGCCUUGACCCCGGCUCAAAAAAACAAGCUCAAAGAGGCGGGCGGAACUUUCAAAGAUGACGAUGACAUCAAUGACGUGGCCUCCAUGGCCGGAGUGAACCUGUCAGAAGAGAGCGCUAAUAUCCUAGCCACCAAUUCCAUUACAGUGGGAGCGGUGACGCAUUCCUGCAAGGAUGAAGCGUUUCUCUCCUGUGCCAUACUGCAGAGGAGAAUGCUGGAGAUCGGUAGGAGGCAUGGCGUAACAGAACUCGGUCCUGAGGUGGUGAACUAUGUCUCCCAUGCUGCUCAACAGCGACUUCAGAACCUACUUGAAAAAGUCUCCCAAGUAGCCCAGCAGAAAAACAUCAGUUUCAAGGAGGAUAACAACCAUGAGCAGAGCAGUGAUGUUCGUACUCAGCUGAAAUUCUUUGAGCAAUUGGACCAGUUAGAGAAACAGCGAAAAGAGGAACAGGAGAGAGAGAUCCUCCUGAAGGCAGCUAAGUCUCGAGCUCGGCAAGAGGAUCCAGAGCAGCUGCGUCUCAAGCAGAAGGCAAAAGAGAUGCAACAGCAGGAGUUGGCUCAAAUGAGACAAAGGGAGGCCAACCUGACAGCUCUGGCAGCCAUUGGCCCUAGGAAGAAGAGGAAGAAUCUGGACUCGCCAUCCUCCUCUGCUUCAGCUGAGGGAUCGGGAACAGGUCCCUCUCUGUCUGGCGGGCCUGCUUCAUCAGGCUCCAGACCCACACGGCAGCGCAUCACACGUGUCAAUCUCAGGGACCUGCUCUUCUGUUUGGAGAAUGAGAGAUUUACCAGUCGCUCCCAUUUCCUCUACAAGGGCUUUCUCAAAUAGGCUUGAUGUCAAAGAG